AUGGGAGGAAACUACGAAAAAGCCCACAACAUGGACGGUUUAGCUCAACACCAGAUGAGCGGGCUUGUACGCCAGGUUGAAGGCGAACUUGGGGACGGUUACAAAACUAGAACUGGUAGUGUUUACACAGCUGCCAAUUCUAGGGGUAUCUAUGGCUCUGGGAACUAUGACUUAAGCAAUUUGAAAGGCCGAAACUUUGAAGAAACCGAGGCGUUCAAGAAUUCGCUAUCACAUUCUUCAAUUAUGUCACAAAAUGUUGGAUUUAGAGGGCAAUCACGAUUGGACAGCGCUGCAUACGGCAGCAGCAGUAAUCGUGCACAUAGCUCCGGGUACAGAGGACACGUAGCGGCAGUAAAUUCAGAACAAUUUAUGCAAACCGAUAACCUACAGUCCGCGGACAACUUGCACAGCGCUCACGAGUACGAUUACGAUAGUCAAGCUGCCCAAUAUUUAAAUUCGGGCUUUCAGAAUCACCAUGCAUACGAUCAAAGUAGCGCAAAUAUAGCACAUUCGGGUGUGUACGGUUCAAAUUCCCGCAGUCCACUUUUAACCGCGACUCCUGUUAGAGUUGUCGUCAGACCUGGAGGAAGAAUAGCAAUACCACUUACUGCGCAAACUUUUGACGCAGGUCACGUCGCUUCAUCCCUUGACCAGAGUAAUGUUAAUAGUGAAGCAGAAUUGCUAAGCACCAGUGGUCAACAUGUAAACUAUAUGCCAUUAAAUACUCCAAAACAUUACGAAUCUUCUUAUAGCUACCGCAAGCAAUGGGAGAAGCACGAUACACAGCCCGUCGCUGUACCAUUAGCAAUCCCUACUGUUAACCCCUUUCCAUCCCAGAACGAGCUAUACGACGAUAACCAAGCGCUACAUUUAGAAAAUCAACAUCGUUCUAAUGUAAAUGCAUACAAUUCCCGUGCGAGCAAUAGCGAAUAUAACGCAAAUAUUAAGUCAGCAGCAUCAAGUCAAUCGAGAUACAAGGCAGAUUAUAACGCACAACACAGCAGUUCUUUAUCAGCUACCAAUUCAAAUGGAUUUAACGCAGGUGCACACACAUCUAAUGCUUAUGUAGACGGCUCUGCCGCUGUUGCCGACUCUUCUAAUCUCGUAGAAUUAAUGAACACUAAGCCUAAAAGUUACCAUUCCUCAUAUUCUUAUCACAAAUCAUGGGAGAGACAAGGCGACCCCUAUAUAAUAAAACCAGUCGGCAGUGGCAUUCAAGAUGGUCAGAUAUCUCAAAGAUUAACUGCAGCUUCUUUAAACAAUGGUGCAUCGUAUUCUUCUCACCAAUAUGGAUCUAAAUUUAACCAAGCCCACCAAAGGGUUUCACAAGAUGGAGUUGAUUAUGACUGUGACAAUGAAGGCCACAUUCGUGUAGCUCGUUCUUAUGACACAAGACAAGAACAGCAAUUUGAGACAUAUCAAAAUAUGGCACAGGGCCAGGAAGAGUUCGGACAACAAACGCAAAAUAAUUGGGAUGACUUACAAAAUCAAAACCAGUGGGGCAACCUACAAGACUUAGGGCAGCAAAGUCAAAAUCAGUGGGGUAAUUUACAAGACUUAGGUAAACAUACGGAGGAAAAGUUUGAUAAGCUGGAAGAUCUCGGACAACAAACACAAAUCCAAUGGAGUAAUUUGCAAGAUUUAAGUCAACACAAAAACGAAAAUCUUGCUAAGUUGAAAGACUUAGGACAACAAACUCAAACUCAAUGGAGUAACUUACAAGACUUAGGUCAACAUACAGAAGAAAAAUUUGACAAGCUGGAAGAUCUAGGACAACAAACUCAAAACCAAUGGGGUGACUUGCAAGACUUAGGUCAACACACGGAGGAAAAAUUUAACAAGCUGGAAGAUCUAGGACAACAAACUCAAAACCAAUGGGAUCACUUGCAAGACUUAGGACAACAUACAGAGGAAAAAUUUGACAAGCUGGAAGAUCUAGGACAACAAACUCAAAACCAAUGGGGUCACUUGCAAAACUUAGGACAACAUACAGAGGAAAAAUUUAACAAGCUGGAAGAUCUAGGACAACAAACUCAAAACCAAUGGGAUCACUUGCAAGACUUAGGACAACAUACAGAGGAAAAAUUUGACAAGCUGGAAGAUCUAGGACAACAAACUCAAAACCAGUGGGGUCACUUGCAAAACUUAGGACAACAUACAGAGGAAAAAUUUAAUAAGCUGGAAGAUCUAGGACAACAAACUCAAAACCAAUGGGAUCACUUGCAAGACUUAGGACAACAUACAGAGGAAAAAUUUGACAAGCUGGAAGAUCUAGGACAACAAACUCAAAACCAAUGGGGUCACUUGCAAGACUUAGGACAACAUACAGAGGAAAAAUUUAACAAGCUGGAAGAUCUAGGACAACAAACUCAAAACCAAUGGGGUCAUUUGCAAAACUUAGGACAACAUACAGAGGAAAAAUUUAACAAGCUGGAAGAUCUAGGACAACAAACUCAAAACCAAUGGAAUAAAUUAGGAGAUCUUGAUCAGCAAUUACAAACUGGUUUCGACAAAAUACAUCAACAAACAGAAAAUAAAUGGGACAAAUUAGAAGACCUAAGCCAGCAAACACAAAGUAGCAAUCUGGAACAGCAAAUACAUCCAUAUGAAUCAGAAGAUAAAAAAAAUGAAAACAAAAUGGAAGAAUAUGAUAAUCAUGAGCAACAAUUACAAGGUUUUUGGAAUGGAUUUGAGAAUACAAAUAAGAAAAAUUCUUCAUCCCACAAUUUAUAUACCGAAAAAGACGAAGAAAAAUUAACACCAAAUAUUUGGAAUAGUAAUCAGCAAAGACUUGGUGACAAUCAGCAAACGCAAAAUACGAAUUUUGAUAUUAGUAAGCAAAUUCACAGUGCACAAAAUGUUUGGAACUUAAUAGAAAAUGCAAACCAAGAUCAACAAAAACAAUUUUGGGGCCAAUCAGAAGAUAGUAAAAGAACUAUUACAUCUUCUGUUUCUGAUUCAGGGUAUAAAAAUUUUAAUAAACAAAAUAAUGAACAACAUAUUAAUAAUGGGAACAACAGACCAAACAUAAGCUAUUCUGACACAUUUUGGCAUAAUCAUUAUAACAACUACAAUGAUUUUUAUUUACAAUCAGAAACUGUUCAAAACUCACAAACAGAUGUGAAGCAAAAUGGUUCAUUGGGAAGUUUAUGGGAUAAACUGGAUGGUAUUGCCAAAGAAACUCUUAGACAUGACAAUGAUGAUGGUAUUGCCAAAGAAACCCUUAGUCAUGACAAUGAUGAUGAUAAUGUACAAAAAAUUGAUAGUGGUAAUCCCACACACUUGAUACAAAAACAAAAUGGAAAUAAUCCACAUUCGCUACAUAAUCCACAACUUCACAAUAAUAAACCACAAACCGAAGGUAAACCACAAGAUUCUAAUGAAAAUCCCGGUUCAUUUAUUGCAACACCUUCAUAUCAUAAUAACAAUUUGCAACCAAUGGAUAUAGGUCGUGGAGACAUUGGCCCUGAAGACUCCGAUCCUAUACCUGCAAUUUCUGAGAUAUCUCUGACUAAUAAACUUUAUAAAACUCCACAAGAAAUAGAAGCUUUAAGUUUAACGAAAAAAACAAAUAAGACAUUAGCUUAUGUAGCAACCGAAAAAGGCAAUGAUGAUGACAUUGGAACAUUGAAAGUUCUUAGUAUAGCUGAACAAAAUCUAGCAAAAGACUUAAAGCACCAAUUGUCCACAACCUCAACAUCUACAAUAACUAACUCACCAGUAAGCAGCACUAAUUUACAUCAGCCCAGAAAUAAUGGCAUAACAGAAGUACAGCUUAUUUAUCAAAACCAUGGAUCUAGUCUUCAAACAAAUAGGAACACUGAUCCAGCUCAGGAGAAUAUUGGUUUUGAAUCACCACCUGAAGAACCAUUAAACAUGAACCAGCAAUUUGAAGAUUUUAGCCAACAAACACAAGAAUUACAAAGUCAAAGUCAACCAGGACCGUUUUUUAUUGACUUUGGACAACAAUCGCAAGCUACGUGGCUGCCUCAAGAUAAUUUAGAACAGGUACAAUAUCAAAAAUUACCACAUUUUGAAGAGCCUUCACAAAAACCGGAACAAGUACAACUUAGUUACAACCACGAAUAUCCAAUUUCCAAUAAUAGAAAGCUAAGUGAAGAAAUACAACCGACGCAGGAUACGAAUAAUGAAAAUAAGAUUUUAAUACCUUCAGAGUCAACAACAGAAAAGCCAGGGUUUUGGAGUUCAGUGGGCAGCAAACUAACAAAUGCUAAAGAUAAAGUUUUCUCAUGGUUUAAGAGCAAUUAA